AUGUCUGAAAACAGCAGUGAACAGAAGAUCCUGAAGGGCAACGACCUGGUGCGGCUGAACAUCACCACGGCCCUGGUGCAGGUGCUGGUCUGGCCCUUCAUCUACAUCAACCUCUUCAUGUACUACACCUACCGCAAGAAGCCGGCGCUGUGGGCCGAGCCGCGCUUCUCCUUCUUCUCCCAGAUGCUGCUGGCCGACUCGGCCCUCUUCCUCAUGACCGACUUUGCCGUGAUCACCAUCCACGUGCACCUGCUGAUGCCGCUGGCGUUCUGCGUCCCGUUCGUGGCCGUCAUGCACGGGCUGACGCACGUCUCGCCCACCUUCAUCACCGCCAUGUGCCUGGAGCGCUACGUGGCCGUCUGCUUCCCCCUGCACCACGUCAGCGUCUUCACCCCCGCCCGGACCACGGGCGUGCUGGUCGUGGUGUGGCUCUUGUCUGCCCUGCGGCCGUUCGUGGACCUGUGCAUCAUGCUCUCCACCGUGCCCCGAAGCUACCUGAACGGAUGGAACUUCUGCUACUACGAGAUCAUCUUGGUGACCAAGUGGCACAUGCAGCUGAGGGGAAACCUGUUUAUUCUAAACUAUCUCGCCCUCAUCGCUAUUCUGUUGUGCUGCUACGGGGCGAUCAUCCGGGUGGCGCGGAGGGCUUCGGGGGACGACAAGAAGGCGGCGGCCAAGGGCCAGCGCACCCUCCUGCUGCACCUGCUGCAGCUGGUGCUGGCCACGCUGGAGGUCAUCUGCCCGUACUACGAGGCGCAGAUCAUGCGGACGGCGGACCUCAACACCUACAUCAUCGUGCGCUAUUUCAACUUCUUGGCGUUUGUCAUUCUGUCCAGGGCCAUCAUUCCGCUCAUCUACGGCCUUAGGGAUGAGAAGUUUUUGGUGGCCAUGAAGAGUGUUGCCGCGGGGUGGAAGGGGAGCAAGGUUCACGCUGGCAGAUGA